AUGUUCAGAGUGCGCGCCCCCUGGUUGAAGACUCUCGUUGAACUGAGGCAAGGAACGACCCAAAGGAGAGCCCUGCACAGUAAGUACCGGCAUGUUGGCUUUGGGGCUUCGGCCCAGCUUCAGCAGUCGUGCGAAUGUUUCAUACAGAAAUUGAAUCGAGAGCUUCCUAGAGACGCCCAACUAGACGCCAGCAUUGAUCUCCCCAAGAAGACCCCAAGCUACCACAAGCACCUCAUGUUAAUAUCUCCCCCUGAUGAAGCAGGAAAAGAUCCAGAAUGGAAAGGAUCUUGGCAAGCGAAGCUCGAGCUGAAUCCUGAAUGGCCUUAUUCUGCUAUUGCUGAGGUCAAGAAACACCUGAAAGAAACAAAAAGGGGCGAAGGCAUUCUAAUUAAUGCGAUAUCAGUGAUGCGCAGCAAAUCGCUUGGCGACCCGUCUUCGGAAAAGAAGGCACGAUUUCUGGCCCUUCCUGAUAUGAAGGUUUACGAGGUUUCGCAAAGCGAGCUUAAAGAUUUUGCAUACUUCGUUGGUGAAGGGAUGGUGCAGCAGCCGCGAGGAAGAGCGGUGGCAUUUGCAGAUUACUUAAAAGGCGCGGAUGCUAUUUCAAAGGAGCUCGAACACCGAGAAGUCGCAAGCACUGCUGCGGCAGGCAUGAAACAGUUCGCGGCUCAGAGCUACCAAAACAACCUAGUAUUGGUUUGCGGCCAUCAUCAAAGGGACGAAAGGUGUGGGCAGAUCGCGCCGAGACUUAUCAAAGAAUUCGAAGCAAAAGUUGAGGAAGAUCUAGAUUUGGCUAUCGUCUCCCACAUAGGUGGGCACAAAUUCGCGGGAAAUGUUAUAUUUUACAAGUUCCUGGGGUUCGAAGCCGAUGGCAAGGCGACCGUCGAUAGCUUAUGGUUCGGAAAGAUUCUUCCAUCUGCAGUACCUACUCUAUUAGAACACUUAGGAAGGAAUGAGAUUAUCACCCCUUGGUUUCGCGGAGGGUGCCUUCUCGAGAGUUAG